CUCGCGGCAGAGCAUUUGAGUCUUCUUGCACCCUGUUGCGCGAUGGUAGCAGGAUGGGAAGUGAGCAUGGAGGAGAGUAUGAAAGGCAUGGUGCCCAAAAUGGCGAAAUCCAUCGCAGGGAAAAAAUUGCCUCCAGUGCCCUCCUUGCGCCCGGACAAGAAGGGAAAGCCAUUGACUUCAAUCAUGCUCUUCUACCAGUACGUGGAACCUGCAUGGACUCCAAAACAGCACCGGAGAGCCUUGACAUUUGUGCAUGAGCUUGGCAAGAAACAUGGAGUCACUGGUAGAGGGCGCUGCUCAACAGAGGGAUUGAACUGCACCCUCACGGGAACCGCAGAAGGUGUGAGAGCUUUUGCCCAAGGAUUACGAGAUUGGGACUCGUUGUUUGAUGAGACCGACUUCAAGAUCACUGACGGCUUAGAACAUCACAAAAAGUUCAAGAGCCUCACGAUUCAAAAGAAGGAGGAACUGGUUGCUUACGGUUUGCCUGUCAAAGCUGCGCCAUCACUCAAAGACAACGAGACAAAGCAUGUGGAAGCAGAUGAUUAUCACAAGAUGAUGGCAGAGCCAAACACUGUGAUCAUUGAUGUAAGAAAUAGAUACGAGACGGAGAUCGGACAUUUUCAGCCUCCAACGGGUGGCGCCGAGUUCAUUGAUCCCAAGGUUCGAAACAGCCACGAGCUGCCAAAGUGGCUUGGGAUGCCGGAGACGCAGGAGAAGCUCAAGGGCAAGAAAGUCAUGAUGUACUGCACAGGAGGCAUUCGAUGCGAGCGCUUCUCUGCCUUGAUGACCCAGCUGAAGACUGAAAAUCCCGACUUUCAGACAGAAGGAGAAUUUAUGCUAAGAGGAGGCAUCGAGCGCUAUGUGCGCACAUUUCCAGAAGGUGGCUUUUGGAAGGGGAAGAACUUUCUUUUCGACAAGCGGCAGGAGCAGGUGCCAGAGAACAAGCCCCUGGAAGAAACAGAAAAGGAGGUUGAGAGCAAGUGCUGCGUUUGCAAAAGACUCUGGGGUCUGUACCGCGGGCAGUUCAAAUGCUCUCAGGAGGAUUGCCAAGUCCCCGUGAUUGUUUGCCCUGACUGCAGAGCUGAGCUGGAGACUUCACCAAAACCGAUCCAAUGCCCAUUGUGUGAGGAGGGUUUUAAGUUGAGAGACCUUCAAGCUCCAACUUUGCACACGGGAAAGCGUAAGGCUGAUGCCCCGGAAGCAAAUGCGCCGCGAAGCAAGAAGAGAGCCUUGCCGAUUAAACCACCUUCUCAGCGAUUGUUCGUUGGAAAUCUUCCUCUGGUGAUUGAUUCGUCCACAGUGAGAAAUGCACUUGGUAGUGGUGUGCGCUAUAUACAUUGGAUUCCAGACAGAACGACCGGCCUAUGGUAUGGAUCUGCAUUUGUCCAGACAUCCUCUUUAAAGGAAGCAGAGCGUAUUGUCAAAGAAGCCGCUGCAAAGAGCUUCAAAAUUGGGAAGCGAAAACUUCGCAUCAAUUUUGCCCCAGUGGCUGAAAACGAAGAAUGAUUAUCGACUACUACACGACUGAAAAUGUAGAGCCUGACCGGGAAUUUGCCCGAGCAUGUCCGCCUGGCAUGUGAGCCUGCGAAACCGCAGCCAUGCAGCGGAUGUGUUACGUUGUAGUUCGCAUCAGUUGCCUCCGCCAAAGGUGGUUGAGAUGUUGCAGUCACUCAGGCUUUUGCCUGUCAGUGGUCACUU